GCCUACUGGAUCGCAUUGUGUGACUUCCCUUCUACCAGUUAUUGUACAUUGUUCGAAGUCUUACCCAGUACCUCGAUUUAGGCAUGUGUUUUACAUCUACACUGAUAUAGAGCUGUAAGUUACUAAGAGGGCUGACUAACAGAUAGCGUUUCUGCAAUGAAUUAAACUUCCUGGGUUUUUGCAGAAACCAAGCUUGAGAUAACUAAGUUUCCCUCACAAUACCUGCGACGUGAAAGUCGGGGUCUAUUAUGAUAAUGCCUAAAAUCGCGUGCAUUGGUGUCAUUGGGAAAGCCGAUAAGCCCAUACAUGUAGCCUUGUUGCCCCCAUAUCUCAAUUCGACGAUCGAUUUUUCAUUUCUAGUGAACUCGUGUUUGGAUAUCAUUGAAAUAAGGCGCAAGCAAACGUCCAUUGACCAGGAUCUCGGCCUUCUGCACGCCGUGGAUGAACGGUUGGCGGCGUAUGGGUGGCUCACCACAACAGGAGUAAAAUUGCUUGUCAUAGUCGACUUGGUUGGUCAAACCAAUAGUCCAGGGACGCCCGGGGCCGCUCCAAAGACUAUCCUGAAAGACCCUGAACUUAGAACGGUUUUUCGUUCUUUACAAGAUGCCUACGUUCAACUGUUGCAAAAUCCGUUCUAUACCCCGGGCGAACCCUCUGAUCUUAUCAAGCCUUCUGCCCGAUCAGCGAGCCUUCCUCAAGUCGCAGAUAAGAAAUUCGUCAAAGAGGUUAUCCGAAUCGGUGAAUUAUGGACACCGUAUACGUCUCCCAAUUAGGAGCCAAGUGCCUUGUAGCUAGACAAUGGUCGUUGUGGUUAGUCACUUCAAAUCAAGUAGCAUAGUCCAUUAAGCUGUUAAUUCAGCAAGUGCUGCUGCGUCUCCAUUAGAGCAAGAACGAACCAAGACCGAGCCUCGACUGGAGCUUUCUGGCACGCGCGUUUCGCCAGUUACCUGCUUCUGAAGUGCUUCAGAAACGGUGGCCUUUCUAUUUCAAAUCACAGGCAGAUCAAGCCCCAUAUCAGUUCAUAGCCUACCAGUGGAAGGGCAGGCGGGUCUGUCGUACAUGGCCGGAGGCAUACUGGAGCUAGACUCCCAGUAAAAGGUUUUAUGUGCUUGUACACAAAGCAUCAACUGUCACACCAACUUAGUCAAAUUGCGAUCUUGCCAGGUUACACAAUAUAGUAUCGAGUUCUCUAGGAUCGGAAAUGGACCAGACGCCGCCUCCUUUGACCAU